AAUGAGGAAGAUGGCGUAAGUUCAGUGUUGUUCCCCUUUAACAGGAAGAGAAAGGAAUCUGUUACAAACAAAAUGACUGACAACAAAUUCAUUAAAUGUGUUGUAGUAGGCGACGGCGCUGUAGGGAAAACGUGUAUGCUGAUGAGCUAUGCAACAAAUAAAUUUCCUACAGAAUAUGUACCAACUGUAUUCGACAACUAUGCAGUCACAGUCAAUAUCAAGGGUAAUCCCUACCAGCUUGGUCUAUUUGACACAGCCGGCCAGGAGGAGUAUACAAGCCUGCGAAUGCUUUCAUAUCCAGAAACAAGUGUGUUUCUAGUGUGUUACUCAGUGGUCAUGCCAGAGUCAAUGCGGCAUGCGGAGAUAAAGUGGGUUCCUGAGUUCCAUCACACGGUACCCAAGGCCCCAUUUGUAAUGGUGGGUACACAGAUUGAUCUACGGGAUGACGAAGCCACCAAAAUAAAAUUGCAGAAAAGAAAAUUGCGUCCAGUAACUACAGAGGAAGGCCAAAGACUUGCUAAGAGACUUGGUGCAGACUGCUAUGUGGAGUGUAGUUCUUUAACUAGACAAGGAUUAAAGGACGUGUUUGACGAGGCGCUGCUGGCUGUUCUAGAGCCAAAAAACACCAAGCCAGAGAGGAGGAAACACAAACAUGGAUGUACCAUAUUAUAAACAACCUAGUUUUGAUACUGGCCGACUUAGUGAUAUCUUCUGCUGAAUUAGUCAUAACGUCCAGAUUUUUAACUAACCCCUGCCUUACAUAUGAACUUUGACAUUUGCAUGUUUGAAAGCGAUGUAACUUUGUGUAAGUGAAUGCUUCAAAAGAUAGUGUGUGGUAAUAGACAAGGCUUCUUACUAUUAACCUGUUGUUUAUAAUUUGUUAUCUGUAUGUACAAUGAUCUUUUGUUUAUAACUAACAUUAUGGUCUAUUUAUUAACUGUAAAACAGUUGUAUUAUAUGAGCCACUGCAUACCAAGCCAGGAAAUAGAUUACAGUUUGCAAAAAUGUUUUUUAACUUUUUAUUUGAUUUAUAUAGUUCAAAUAUUAAUUUUUUUGUUGACAUUUUUGAUUAAUUUAAAAAACUACUGUUAAAUGACUUGUUUCAAACCUGAAGUUGACUUUCUAAACUUUCCAGAUUAAAUUAAAAAAAACUUAUCACUUAUUGCAGAAAAUAUCUUUUUCUAUGCUAAAAACUAAAUUAGGAUGUACCAAACUUUUAGAGUUAUAAACCUUGGGAGAAAUUAUUUCCAUUGAAGUCAUUUGAAAGUAUAAAACAUUUGAAAGUAUAAAACAUUUGAAAGUAUAAAACAUUUUAAAGUAUAAAACAUGCCACAGUCACAGAAACAGAUAAACUCUGCUUCUCCUGGCCCAUCCAGUUAAAAAACAACAGUAUUUUUUUUUUGUGUACAAAUUUUAAAAUUUCUGUGUUUACCACUGUGAACAUAAAGCUAUACAGGAAUGAAUGUUGUAGUUUAUGUGAGCCAAUCUCAUAAAAAACAUGACUAAAAAUUGCCUUCAUAAGGUAAUUCGUUAUUUUUUAUAAGUUUGGAAUUUAAAAUCUUAAGACAUUAACUGUGUCUCUAAAUCUAAAGAUGCGUGUGCUGUCUUUAGAGCUAACGAACAAAGUAUUAUUUAAAUUAUUACAUCUGUUCUUAAACUAAACUAAUUAAUUUGUGAAAUUUAAAUGAGUUAACCAAAUUUUUAUUUAAAAGUUUUUUUGAUGCUUUUAUUAAGUAAUUGAAUGUGCAUUGUGCAUUCAUUCUUACAAUAUCUGCUUUAAUUAGUUGGCGUGCUAGUCAUUAGUAAACAUCCUUCUCAAAUUGUUUUGUGUUUUUAAAGGAUAUGGAAUAUAAUCAGUGAAAUUUUAUAAACAUUUCUUAUGAAAUUAAAUUUUUGUAUAUAAUAUAUCACUCAUAGUAAUGCACACUAUAAGUUUAGAAUCAUCAUUCCAGAAGUAAAUUAUAUGAUUUUUUUAUUUAUAACUAGACUUGUUCAUACUUGAACUAGUUAUAUAUGUAUUGAGUCUCUUGACUAGUCAUUGAACUUUUUUUUAUUGGGAAUUUUGGACAAUUAUCUAAGAAAUUACUUGCUUUUCAAAAUGAUUAAUUAAAAUUUAAUGUUUUAAUGCUAAAGACUAGGGUAUACCCAGAUGCAUAUUGAUCGUAAUGUCAGUCAAAAUGCUGAAAUAAUAGAUUAGUCCUCUAUCCAAUUUGCUUAUAAGUAGAACUGACAUGUCAUUUAAUUAGUCACCAUUAAUUGUUUUGCUGUCAGUGAAAAUGUUACUUUGUUAAGUUAAUGAAACAAAUACUAAUGUAGCUGCUCUAAAUUGAACUGUCCGUCAAGGAAAUUGUUACUUUGUUAGUUCAACUAAAAUUGCUCAGUGUAUUGUUAGAUAACAUUUUGCUCAGUGAGUUUGGUAAAAAUAUUCUAUGCACAAACUAAACACUAACACCUAACAUUUCUUUAGCUCUCUCCCAGCUCAGUAAGUUUGGUAAAAAUAUUCUAUGCACAAACUAAACACCAACACCUAACAUUUCUUUAGCUCUCUCCCAUGUUUGCUCAGUAAGUUUGGUAAAAAUAUUCCAUGCACAAACUAAACAUUAACACCUACCAUUUCUUUAGCUCUCUCCCAUGUUUGCUCAGUACAAUUGGUUUAUGUUUCUACCAAGUCCCAUCUUUGUGCUCAAUGUUUUACACACUGACUCCAGGUUUGUCUCAUCAGUUUAUAUACAGUGACUCCAGAUCUAACUUUACACACAGCAGUGACACUACUUCUUCUCACUUUACACACAGCAGUGACACUACUUCUUCUCACUUUACACACAGCAGUGACACUACUUCUUCUCACUUUACACACAGCAGCGACACUACUUCUUCUCACUUUACACACAGCAGUGACACCACUUCUUCUCACUUUACACACAGCAGUGACACUACUUCUUCUCACUUUACACACAGCAGUGACACCACUUCUUCUCACUUUACACACAGCAGCGACACCACUUCUUCUCACUUUACACACAGCAGCGAAACCACUUCUUCUCACUUUACACACAGUGACGCCAGACUUGACUUCUGACUAAGUAUUUUAUAAUGUUGAAAGUAUUUUCAAACUAGAUUGUACUUGUUAAGUUUUUGAAGUUCUUUGCUUCUUUUUAUGUAGCAUUUAUAUCUGUUUCAAACUGCUGUUUACUUGUAACCAAUGUAAAUCAAAUGGAAGCAGUAAGUCCCUAAUACCUUUUGACUAUGGAAGCAGUAAGUCCCUAAUACCUUUUGACUAUGUCAUGUUAUGUAUUACCAGCAUUGCUUUGAUGUAUAUUUUUUACCUUAUACUUUUACUAGUCUUCACCAAAUGUUUUUUGUUCAGCAAAGCUUUUAGAAAACAACCCAGCCUAUAGAUUGUGGCACUUAUGUAUAAUAAGAUAAUAUCUACUGCAGAGAAGUAAUCAAAAAUAGAUGAAAUACAAAUUGUGUUAAAGAAAUAGGCUUAUUUUAAAAAAAACCUGGAUCAUUACACAGCAUUCUAAAAAUAUAAACAUCAUUAAAAACGAUAUUAAUUUAAUAGUAUAAAUCAGAACAAAUAAGUAAACUUUAUUUCAUAAACAUUUGAAAGAAUAUGUAGACAUAUCAUUGAUAAUCAGGGUAAAUUGAUGAUUUUAUUUCUUGUACAAUCUCUAGCUGUCUCCUAGAUAUGGACCUGCCAGGCUAGUUCACUGCUUAUAUUUUGUUAUACCUUUAACAAUCAUCAGUAACAGAUGAAGAUGAUUGAACCUUUAUGAAUAGAUGAAGUUUUUAUUGGAUGAGCUACCUGCUUACAUGGCAAUUAUUGUCAAAUUUUCAUGACAGUUUGUGGCACUUUUUCAUUAGUUUUUUUUUUCCAUUUUCUAACCUUGCUUUUGCUUUGUUGGUAACAGUGACAGUGUAGAUUUGUCCUAGUGUUGGUUUUUCCUAGUGUAGGUUUGUCCUAAUAUCACUCUAGGUUUGUCACUGUUCUGUUUUUAUGAUGAAGUUAUGAUGGAAGCAAUUAAAAAGUUGGUUGCUAGGUUACUCAGAAAUGAGAAGUGAUGAUUGUGUGCUUGAGUUCUGUAAAAAUAUUUGAUAUGUGCUGAAGACGAGAGCAGUGUUACUUGUUAUUAUGUGAUACAACUAUUUCGGCCUUCUACUUAACGUACUACUAUAUGUGGUAGUAGCCAGGUCACAUAUUACGUGUUGAUCUAUCCUUUGGUUUGGCUUGAACUCAUGGAUUGUUGUCUUGAAAAUGUUCUAGAACAAACACACAGUUCAGUGGAGAUGUUACUUGUACUGAAUGUUUGUAUGUUAUUUGUACAGAACGUUUGUAUGUUGGUAGGACUGGGGGUGUGAGUACUGUUGUACUUUUUUGACCAGUAACUUACUGUGCUGUUACCAGUAACUUACUGCACUGUUAUUUGAGCUCAAAGUUUUGUUGUACUCUGCUAGCUGUACGAGUCAGUGUUUUCUUUUAGAGUCAUGUACAGAACUCUCUGUAUGCUAAAUCAGUGGUCUGUGGAAGACGUCUAUUCUUCUUCCGUUUCUUAUUUACAUGCAAGUUACAAAACCCCAAAACUGUUGAGCCUGUUCAAAUGUUUUCACAUUUUUUGAAUUGAGCAUUUUAUUUUUCUACAACAUAAAAUAGUAGGAAAAAAUAUCAGUUGUUGAAUACCACCCAUAUACAUAUCUAUGUAUUUUUUUUUGACUGAAACUUUUGUGUGGUCCAGCACAAUCACUUACACAUUAAAAUAUGUGGACUUGUUUUUCUGGUGAAGUUAUGACACAAUCUGUUGUAUGGAGAUGUGUAACAAUAUGUUAGCAUAUUAAUGGUGAAUUUGUUAUUGUCAUAUACACAUUUUGUUUUUAUUAUAUGACUUGGUUUGAUAAUAGUGGUCCAACCAGUAUGGUAAUAACCAGCGUUGCUAUGACAACUAAAGGGAUGCUAUUUUUAACUAUGUAAACAACCACUGCCUUAGAUGCUGAGGAGCAAUUGGAAUGUGUGUGUUGGUGGAAUAUGUGUGUGUUGGUCAAGUUUUUGUGAUAUUGUGUGUGUGGGAAUGUGUGUGAGUUGAUCAUGUGUUUUUGAUACUGUGUGGGAAUGUGUGUGGGAACUCAAGUGUUGAUCUUGUGAGUUUUAAACACAUGUUUGUGAUAUUGUGUGUGUGUUUGUGUGUGUGAACUUGAGUGUUGAUAUUGUGUGUGUGUGUUUGUGUGUGUGUGAACUUGAGUGUUGAUCUUGUGAGAUUUAAACUCAUGUUUGUGAUAUUGUGUGUGUGUGUGUGUUUGUGUGUGUGAACUUGAGUGUUGAUAUUGUGUGUGUGUGUUUGUGUGUGUGUGAACUUGAGUGUUGAUCUUGUGAGAUUUAAACUCAUGUUUGUGAUAUUGUGUGUGUUUGUGUGUGUGUGUGAGGACUUGAGUAUUGAUAUUGUGUGUGUGUGUGUGUGAAAUUGAGUGAUGAUCUUGUGAGUAGUGUACACCUUGUAUUUGAGCAUAAUGAAAACUGUGUUCAUGCCUACAACAUGUAUUUAGACAUGUUUCAGCACAUGCAAUAGGAAGAAUUGUAUCCAAAGUUUUUAUAUACAACUUUUUUUCUUCACACAAUCUUUACUAACUCUGUCCUGAUAUUAAGUGUGGGGAACUUGGUCAAACCUGAUCCUUACACUUCAGUCAUUCAGUCAACUUGAUCUAUUUUUGAUCCUUACACUCCAGUCAUUCAGUCAACUUGACCUGUUUUACUCAGAGAACUCUUGAGGUGACUCAAAUACCAUCAAAUUUGUAAUGUUGAACUGACUAGUUGAUUUCACCCCUACAAAUCUUGAGGUGACACAUAUGCCCUAACAUAUGACAUUAAUGCCCUAACAUAUGACAUAAAUGCCCUAACAUUUGACGUUAAUGCCCUAACAUAUGACAUAAAUGCCCUAACAUAUGGCAUUAAUGCCCUAACAUGACAAUUAUGCCCUAACAUAGGGCAUUAAUGCCCUAACACACAUUUGUACAUGUGUGAUGAUUCCUGCCUAUUUUAUCUUGCAUGAAUAUAUUUUCUAGUUAUUUCCCUUUGCCCUUGGCCCUCCCCUUUAUAUUUCCCUAUUGUUGUUCUACUAAUUAACUAAUGCAGUCCCUCCAGUGGUCUAUACCAAACUGUUGUCUAAAACAACUAUGACCCCUUCCCCCCACCCUCCGCCUCUUGUAGUAUUUAGAUUUUGUUGAUGUUUGUAUCAGUCAAUGAGCAUCCGGUCUAAAUGUAUUGAUUGACAGCUUAUAUUCAUUAUGUUGUAGAACUAAUUCUAUUAUUAUGCAAUUUUUAUUUAUGUUUAAAAUUUUUUCUUGUCUUCACUAAAGGAAAGUGAACUGAGUCAAUACAGUCUAGAUAAUGCUUUGUCUUAUCACAGCACUAGUCCCUCUCUCAGUAUAUAUUAUGGUUAAAAAUAAUUUUUUUUUCUACACAACAUUCACACUGUAUAUUAUUCAUAGAGUUUACUUUUUGGAUAUACUAAUUGAAGAAAAAUGAUGGGUAAAACAACACCAUGUUAAUGUAAGGCAGACUUGGUUUAGUUUAUGUUUCUUUAUAAACUUUUUUUCUUCCAGUUUCUAUACAGCUUUGAUUACAUUUUUUUUCUACACACAUUUUUUUAUUAAAACUUUUUUUGUUGUUGA